AUGCCAGCUCCCUCGGGUCCAGCGGCGACCCCCGCGGACAAGGACUCGGCCGAGGCGCCGAGGACUCCUGGCCGGCGCGUCCCCAAAAAGCGGACCAAAACUGGCUGUUUGACUUGCCGGAAACGUCGGAUUAAGUGUGACGAGGACAAGCCUAUCUGCGGCAAUUGCAUCAAAGCGAGACGAAAUGCACCAGCAGACCAAGAGUGCCUCUAUCUAAGGUCUCUAGGCGCGCGGGUUGAAUGCAAGCCAUUAUUUAAAAACAUUGACUUACUCAUUCUCGCAUGUGUAGGCUAUGCCCAGAGAGUCAUUUUCAAGAACCCCGUGGGCAUUUUUGGCGCCUUUGGGCCACCCCAGAGCCAAGGUCUCCAGAUGCAACAACAGAUGAGAGUGCCUCUAUACAAUGAUUAUGGACCUCUACCCGCACAGCAGGCCGCGGCAGCUGCCCAGCACCCCAUGUUGGCCCCACGACCCGUGGAUAUGUCGGCGAUAGGAUAUCCUCCCACUGCGACCCAGCCAUCUCCAGCAUUGCCGCCGGAGAGUGCUUCAAAGGCCACUGCACCACAGUUCUACUACCCAACGCCACCGAUUCAAUCAACUCCUCAAUCAUGGCCGGCUGAACAAAAUAACCAUAGUCCGCAACAUGCUGCUCCCGUCGACUACCCACCCACACACUCACGGUCACGGUCACAGCCACAGUCACAGUCGGCGCAAUCACAGUCCCAAUCGGAGCCACAGCCACAGCUGCAGCCGAGGUCCGCUGUACCAGAGCAAAGCCAUUAUCAGUACCAUUCCCAGCAGGACCCAAGCACGUUGUAUUCGCAGCCAAUGACCAGCUGGGAUAAUUUCCCAACAUCCCAGGAUUACGCUGCCCAAUAUGCCGCUCAACUAGCUAGGGAAUCAGCCGAGGAUAAGAGCCAUGAGAACCCAUUGUUCCCACAGCCGAUACAACAGCCAGGUACCAUGUAUCAAUAUCAGCAACAACCCGGGAAGCUGUCUCCAGAGACCACAACACCGAGGCCAUUCAUCCCGCUGUCUCAACCCCAAGUUGUCUAUGUGGAAGACGAAAGUGAAGAUUUCUUCGAUGUAGAAUCGGACGAUGAUAUGAUAGAUCAAACACAAACAGAAGGGUUCAAUCAGCUGAGCCUCAUCAUGGCCUCCGCGAACCAUGACAGUCAACUUCGCUCGUUUACGAGCCACUUGAACGAACCUAACAUCCUCGCUAAUUACCGUCCCUCUCUGGGAUCGUCCCCACUCAACAAUCCAAAGACGGCCCGCAUUUUUGCCCACUUCAUUCAUUCAACUGGCCCGUCUUUGUCUAUUUUUGAGCGGCAUCCCACAGACUCCUCCAUAGUUCUGGGUGUGCAGGUGCCGCCCGCUCAACAAGGACUUUGGACAUAUACACUGCCUCUCAAGGCUUUGGAGCACCCCGCACUACUCCAGGCUAUUCUUGCUAUCAGCAGUCUCCACAUCGCAUAUCUACAAGGUGUACCUUCCACUGUCUCCCUGAAGCACUAUCACUACGCGUUGAAACGUAUCGGUCGGGCUGUUGGUCUUCCAAUGCGACGCAAGCAAAUUGGGACUUUGGCUGCCACAGAGUUGCUUGCCUACUAUGAGGUGAUAUCGGCUGAUCAUUCUAAAUGGAACAGCCACGUUGCUGGCGCCGCUCAGCUCAUCAAAGAGAUUGACUUCGCAGGAACAACCCGAGACCUUCGAGCAUACCGGCGUGGAAUCAAUGAGCAGCGACAAAUGAUGGGAUGGUCGAACCCGCAAAUGCAUUUGUAUGGAUUCGGCAGCGAUGGAACCGAGGACGAUCCUUUCGCCGAGAAAGAGGCCACUGUCGACGAAGCCUUCGUCAGUAGCAUGCUAGGGCGAGCGAUUAAAUACGACGAGUUUGGAACUGUCGAAGACGGACACGCUUUCACCCCCAGGAAACACUUUACGCGCAAGGACAUUGAGCAUUUCCGAAUCCAGUGCGACUUGUACUGGUGGUUUACGAAGCAAGAUGUCUUUCACAGCUUGAUCAGUGGAGAGAAACUAUUCACGCCUUUCUACCUCAAAGGACAAUGUCCACCUCGAGCGGGCAUGGGCAGGAUAGAUGCCAUUUAUGGAUCUGCCGAUCAUCUUUGGCUACUCCUUGCACGCAUCUCGGAUUUUGGAUAUCGAGACCGCAAACGGAAAUUGAAAGCGCUUCGUGCUGCUGGGACAGAAUGGCGACCCGGUCCCGGAAUGUUCAAGUUCAUGGGUCGUUUCGCUGGUGGCGGUCCGAACAGGAAACCGGGACCCCUUGGAAAGCCUCCUGGGGCUCCUCCACCCGGCCCUGGUCAUCAGAACUUCGGGCCUGGUCCUGCCUCGGGACCACCACCGGGUCCUCCACGGGGCGGUCCGCCAUCCCAGCCAGCUGCUCCAGAAGGUCCACCCAUGUAUGGCAUGAUACCACCUGGACCUCCCACUCACCUCCCAUCUGGCUUCGUAGACGGCCGCCUGGAGCACAGAGAGUCAUCAGAGGAAGGAGACGAAAACUCAAACUUCAGCCAUCAGGAGACAGAGGAGAGAUACAAUGAAGCAGAGCAAGAUUGGGAGGAAAUCCUCGCCGCUCUAGAUGCCUACGCCGAAGCACUCGGACGAGAUUUCCAGCCGCUACCCGCAGACGUGACUCCGUCCAUCCCAACUCCAUUUGGAUCAGCCUUGUCAUAUCGCACGCACACCGUGGCUGUGAUAUGGGGUUUCUUCUACACAGGUCGCAUCUUGCUACAUCGACUCCAUCCGUCAAUGCCGCCUGCCAUGAUGAUGGCUGCAGGGGUGGCUGCCCCAACGACAGCGGAAUAUGCACAAUUCAUCGGGCGGAUCACUGCAGGUAUCUACUAUCCGCAGCGACACAACCUGCAGGCGGGCAGCCUGAGCCCAAACCUUGGCUCGUCGCUCACUGAGAUGACAAUGCCCAUCUUCUUUGCGGCUGUGCAGUACAUGGAUCCGACGCAGCGUAGCUGGACGAUAACCAAACUGCGCGAUGUGUCGCGACUGACUGGAUGGAAGACCUCCGACGCUAUCGCUAGCGGCUGUGAGAAGGCCUGGAUUGUCGCAGCCAAGCAUGGACGUGGCCCGCCCUAUGAGCGGUCUUUCGAAUCGCCUCGAGAUCGUGAGAACCAUCCACAGGAUGUACUUUGCCGGGAUUCUGGUGGGCAGCAGAGCGACGACCGACGCUUUGUGACGGUGCAGCCCACUGAUCGGGCGUAUCUGGCAAUGGGGCUGCUCAGCCUGGAGGGCGACAUGGAAAACCUAGAACUGUGA